AUGUCGGUCGCUUCAGAAACUCCAAAUCUGGAACCAAUUCCAGCUGUGCCACCAACUCCCAACGAUGACGUCAUGGCAGACGAUGAGGGGGACGUCAGCCUACCUCCACACUCCGCAAACAGUCGACCGACAUCAGCUAACAGCAGAUUAUCUGGUCGAAGCAGACGCGCACCUAACAAUCGCCAGAGUGCUAGAUUUAAGCGAACUCCAAUUCAGGACAAACUGUUGUUGACUGAACUAGUGGACUCUGACAAUGAAGACGAUGUUUUGUUUUCACAAGAUCAUUUAAGUUCAUGCGGGUCAGAGAGAAUACGUCACAGUGACGUCACCAAUGGAAAGGAUGACGUGGAUGGAUACGAGGAGGAAGAUCGAGGUGCCAACUCUGAUGAAACUGAGCUUGAUGUUGAUAUUGAUGGUCUGUUAUACCCCGACCGAGUGAUACACGAUACAUCUGGUCGGACAGAGUACUUACGAGCCUGCAGCAGAGAGGACACUACACCCAUAUCCAUGUUCUUAAGAAACCUCAGGGAAAAGGAGUUUGUGUUAAAGUAUCGUGGGCUUGGAUCAAAUGGCACGAAAGCACUCUCUAUACCGCUCGAGAGUAAUACAACAAUAGAACGCCUUGACCUGGAAGGGAACUUCAUAGAUUCUCAAGGGGCUAUGCAUUUGGCGAAUAUGCUGAAGGAAAACUAUUACAUUUCAGAACUGCUUCUAGCCGAAAACAGCAUCGGCAAGUCCGGAGUUAAAGCGUUAUGUCAAGUUCUACAGGAUAACAACACAGUGCUGAAACUUGAUCUCUCUGGGAACUGCAUAGUGGACGAGGCUGUGGUUAUGCUUUAUGAUAUGCUAAAGAAAAACAGUACUCUUAAGCAUUUGGUUUUGAGUCAUAACGAGAUACAAGAUUCUGGUGCUCGACUCUUCAAAGAUGUACUCGCAGAUAACGAAUCACUGGAGUUGCUGGACCUGAGCUGGAACCGGAUACGGACUCAGGGAGCGAUCUGGUUGGCUGAGGGAAUUCAGGAAAAUAUUGGAUUGAAAUAUUUCAACCUAUCGAUGAACGGCAUGGGGCUGGACGGCUCGUGUGAGAUGGGCAAAGCACUGAAGCAAAACCGCUCCUUGCUGGAACUUGAUAUUAGCUACAACCGUCUUCCACAAGAGGGCAUCUCGUGCAUAGCUUCCGGUGUGCAGGCGAACGACACCUUACGGACCUUAAAGGCUGGUUCCAACCCCAUAGGGGAAGAAGGAGCGAUGGCGUUAUUGGUGGCAGUAGACCGCAAUGAUUGUACGGCUUUGACCUUCCUAGAUCUGACAAACAUUAUUGUGACUGGGGCGUUCGAGGAAAUGCGAAUUCGGAUGCAAAAGGAAAAACAGCUGCAAGUGGUUCAUGGGGGCGUGGUCGGUUCGAUUGACACGUGUCAGCCAGUUGAUCUCAACGAUACCGUGGACUCUAUAGACCCCAUGGGGGCCUUCAGGCGUGAUCCCAUGACCAAACUGAAACAAUACGUGCAGGAGGCUGGACUUCGGAUGCUGGAUCUGUUCAAACAGUUCGAUAAGGACCAGAGCAUGACAGUUAGUCGUGAAGAGUUUGUUAAAGGAAUAACGAAAGCUAAAAUUGGCUUAAACGAUGAACAAAUCCAAAUUUUGCUGAACAAAAUGGACAAAGACCACGAUGGAGAAAUUGAUUUCGGAGAGUUGGUGUACAGUGACAAGGAAUUCCGAGAAAUGCAGAGAAACGCUCUGAAGAUGCAAGAAAAGCUAGACGCUAAAAAAUCGCCACACUGA